AUGGGUAAACCAAAAAGCGGUAACGCUGCGAAGACGAAAGUCGGGGUUGGGACCAAUAAUAGCAGCAACACUAAAUCAGCCACGCCCUCGACCCCCGGUGCACCACCCGCUUGGCCCCAGUUCAAGCCACCACUGCCAGUUACCCAUCUGGUUCCCGACAAGCUUGGCCCUUGCCCUGAUAAGGUUGUUCUGAUCCGCAACUUCUGGCCAAAAUCCCUUUGCGCUUCCUAUGUCACCUUCCUCAGGGGCCUGCCACUCAUCACUACCCCCGGACGGCCCAAGCGGGGAGAUGCGGUGAGGGUAAACGACCGUUUUCAAGUGCAGGAUGCUGCCUUUGCCCGGCGCCUUUGGGACGAGACUGGGCUGCGCGAAUCUCUGGGUCAAGAAGACGUUCAGGGUUUAUGGGGCGGUGAAGUCGUUGGUUUGAACCCCAAUAUCCGCAUAUAUCGCUACUCCAAGGGCCAGUAUUUUGAUGCACAUUAUGAUGACUCCAACAACGUCUCGCUCACACCCGACCCGUCGGCUGGGCCUGUCACGUGUAAGACAACCUGGACGCUGCUACUUUACCUCACGUCCUCCGUUGAGGGCUGUGUCGGCGGCGAGACCGUCUUUUUCCCCAACGACCGCCGUUCCGCCAAGGAAGAGAUCCCGGUCGCCCUCGAGACGGGAAUGCUUCUUCUUCACAAGCAUGGCGACGACUGCAUGCUGCACGAGGGUCGCGAGGUCACCGCUGGUGAGAAGUGGGUGCUGAGGACGGAUCUGUGCGUUAGGAAGUGA